AGUUGAGACUUGAAAGCGCUUACUUUCAACCUCAGCCAAGGCGACUGAAUCUGAAUAUUUAAUAUGAUAUAUAGUGUUUUUCCCUUUUACUGAACUAAAUCAUGGCCUCGGUGUAUUGAAGCCUUUUAGAAUCAACUUUGUGGCUACGCUUGGAUAUUCGGGGUGGCGCUCGUCCUCUUUCGAAACGUUCCACGCAUCAUUGCCCCUCGUGGUAACCAACUACCUGACAACCCCCUCGAUAGGUAUUUAAGUAAGUACCUAGAUCUCGAUUGGCAUGUAGUACAAACUUCGAUCCAUAACUAGAUACUCUCUACCUUCUACCUUAACCAUGAACUACGACUGGCUCAUCGACGGCGGCUACCUGCCGCAGGCGGUGAUCCGGCUCGGGAUACGGCGGCAGCUGGCGGAGCGGAUCGCGUCCAUCGGGACGGGCUCGCUGGCCGAGGGGUACGAGGGCAAGGCCGAGUUCGUGGGCCGCCUGCGGGCGCGGCCCAUCGCCGUCGAGACGGCCGCCGCCAACAGGCAGCACUAUGAGGUCGGCACGGGCGUCCUGGCCGCGUGCCUGGGCCCGCGCAUGAAGUACUCGUGCUGCCUGUACCCGUCGGGCCGGGAGGCGCUGGCCGAGGCCGAGGUGGAGAUGCUGCGGAGCUAUGUCGACAAGGCCGGGUUGGAGGACGGGAUGGAGAUUCUGGAUCUCGGCUGCGGAUGGGGAUCCGGGGCGCUCUACUUCGCCGAAGUGUUGCCUAAUGCGAAGAUCACGGCGUUCUCCAACUCUAGGACCCAGAAGGAGUAUAUCGACUCCAAGGCAGAGGAGAAGGGCCUCACGAACUUGAAGGUCAUCACCGGAGAUGUUGUUGACUACGAGUUCGAGAAGGAGAGCUUCGACAGGGUCGUGUCCAUCGAGUUGUUCGAGCACAUGAAGAACUACGAGCUGCUCAUGGCCAAGAUCUCGCGAGCGCUCAAGCCUGGUGGGAAGCUGUUUGUCCACAUCUUCGCCCACAAGACCACCCCUUACGACUAUGAGGAGGGCUGGAUGACCGAGUAUUUCUUCACCGGAGGAACAAUGCCGUCGGCCGAUCUAUUGCUGUAUUUCCAGCGGGACUUGCAGAUUCAGAAGCAGUGGUGGAUAAACGGCAAACAUUACUCCAAGACAUGCGAGCACUGGCUCUCCAAGAUGACAGCACAUAAAAAGGAGAUCUGGCCGCAUCUCAUCGAGACGUAUGGGGAGGAAAACGCAACCAUGUGGUACUACCGAUGGCAGGUGUUCUAUAUGGCCUGCUCGGAACUGUUCGCCUAUGAGGGCGGUGACACGUGGGGAGUCGCCCACUAUCUGUUUGAGAAACGAAAUGGGCAGCCGUAGGGUCGUCGGGGUCGAAACAGUUGGACUCUUUAUGAUAUUUGUGAAUUCCUCGGAGUCCCAUCGAGGGAUCUAGUCGACCGUUUGUGACCAAUUGAUGCCCAAUGCCACUCCC